CUCUGUGAGACCAAAGAAGAAGGCGAAUCAAGCACCGAGAGAGAGAGAGAGAGGAAGAGAGUGAGAAAGAUAGAUUCUCCGAUUAUAACAUUGAAGCAGAGCAGUAAUGUAUCCGACCGGUCAACAGAUUUCGUUUCAGACCUCCCAUUCGGCAGUUCAAGAUCCACCAACGAGGAUGCUUGUGGAUCCAAGAGAAAUGGCGUCACCAGUUCCAAGAGUUGUAACCCAGAAUAAUGGAGGAGGAGAAGGGGGAGGGAUGUCUCAGGCCGAGUUUGCUAUGUUCAAUUCCAGGAGGCUUCAGUCUGAUCUUGAAGCCAUGGGCAGAAAAAUCAAACAGCACGAGGAUAAUCUGCUAUUCCUCAAGUCUCAGAAGAACAAAUUGGAUGAAUCGAUCCUCGAUUUGCAAGUUCGUAUGAGCCAACUUCAAUCAUCGGCAACUCCUAUAAGCGAAAACUUUGGUGACAAUCAUCAGGGUGAAGAUGUCGAUGAACAGAUCCUCCGGUAUGAAAACUCAGCUGCUGGAGUUUUAGGUCUUGUUCAAUCUCGCCAUGGCUCGCAGGUUUCUCAGUUGACGCUGACAAAAGGAGUCGUUGGAGUUGUAGCGCAACUGGGGAGAGUCAGUGAUGAAAACCUGAGCCAGGCUUUGUCGGAUUAUCUAGGGACUCGCUCGAUGUUGGCACUUGUAUGCAAGGAUUACGAAAGUGUCAAGGGUUUAGAGAGUUAUGACAAUCAAGGCAACGUUGAUAAGAAUGCUGGCCUUCACGGGCUUGGCGCUUCGAUUGGCAGAAACAUUGAAGGCCAUUUUGAUGCCAUCUGCCUUGAAACUCUGAGACCGUAUGUUGGCCAGUACAUAGCUGAUGAUCCGCAAAGAAGGCUUGAUCUUCUGAAGCCGAAAUUGCCCAACGGCGAGUAUCCUCCUGGGUUUCUAGGAUUUGCUGUGAACAUGAUACAAAUCGUACCAGCUUACUUGCUCUGUGUCACAGCAAAUGGAUAUGGUCUUCGUGAGACCUUGUUCUACAGUCUCUUCUCCCGCCUUCAAGUUUACAAAACAAGGGUUGAUAUGAUCAAUGCCCGUCCUUGCAUAAGUGAUGGUGCUAUAUCUUUGGAUGGAGGAAUCAUCAGAUCAGGUGGGAUCUUCACGCUUGGAAGCUGUGAUGAGGUGAACAUAAGAUUUGCAAAGCCAAUUGCUUCACGUGUGAUGGACAAUUAUAGUGAGACGGAGAAGCAAAUGAGAGAGAUGAAAUGGAAGAAGGAUAAAACGCUGGAGGACAUAAAGCGAGAGCAAGUGCUCCGUGAAGAGGCUGUGUUCAACUUUGGCAAGAAGAAAGAAGAGUUUGUUCGAUUCUUGGCUCAGACCGCAUACUAAACAUGCAUGUGCUUCUAAAGGAAUCCUAUAUUGACUUUAAGAACUUGCUUCCAGUCUUUUAGUUUUUGAUAAAUUGCUUCCAUAACCAAAAAACCGUUAGGUGUUCCUGGAAAGCUUAGUUGACUGGUUUGGUUUAGAUCGGUUAGCUUUCGGUUAUGUAUUUCUAGACUUUUUUUCGGGGUACAUAUGAUGGAAAUUUGUUAUA